AUGGGCGCGCGCGGAGGCGCUGCCGGGAGGCCCCGGGCCAGGCGGCCUCGGCGAGCGGAGCGGGGCGGGCAGCGCCCCCGGCCGCGCUCGGCACCGGCCACGCUGGCGCCCGGGGACCCCCCCGAGAUGCCGGUGCGGAGCGAGAGGCGCCGCGCGGGCGGGACGGCGGCGGCGGUAGCGGCGGCCGCGGCGGGAUCGGCGUCUUCGCCUCCAGCCUCGUCCGGGCCGGCCGCCAGCAGCAGCCUCGUGCCGCCGCCCCCCAUCAACACGGCGCAGCCCGGCGUGGCCACCUCGCUGCUCUACAGCGGAGCCAAGUUCCGCGGGCAGCAGCGCAGCAAGGGCAACGCCUACGAGGUCGAGGUCGUCAUGCAGCAUGUGGACAUGGAAAACUCCUAUCUCUGUGGAUACUUGAAGAUUAAAGGCCUUACAGAGGAGUACCCAACCCUCACCACCUUCUUUGAAGGGGAAAUAAUCAGUAAAAAGCACCCUUUCUUAACGCGCAAGUGGGAUGCUGAUGAAGAUGUGGAUCGUAAACACUGGGGCAAGUUCCAGGCUUUUUACCAGUAUGCGAAAACAUUUAACUCUGAUGACUUUGAUUAUGAAGAUCUGAAAAAUGGGGACUAUGUCUUCAUGAGAUGGAAGGAACAGUUCCUGGUCCCAGAUCACACUAUCAAAGACAUCAGCGGUGCUUCCUUUGCUGGUUUCUAUUACAUCUGCUUCCAGAAGUCAGCAGCGUCUAUAGAGGGCUAUUACUACCAUAGGAGUUCAGAAUGGUAUCAGUCAUUGAAUUUAACUCAUGUUCCUGAGCACAGCGCUCCUAUCUAUGAAUUCCGAUGACAGCUGUCUAGAACUGAUACCGCACAGAAGCAAACCGGGCAGGAGAGCAUGGCCUGCCAGGAGAACUGUGUCCCUGUCGGAGCACGGGAAUGCACGCUUCUCUCCUGCCCCUCGGACUCGUGAGAGAGAGCCUGAAUGUUAAUCCACCCAGCCCAAGGAGCGUGGCUGCUGGAGCUUGAUUCUCCCUCCUGUCGAGUGGCGAUUUGAUCUUUAAUCUGGUUUUAAGCUACCUUUAAAUGCACUUUCUUAUUGCACAGCUAGUUUCUCUGUCACUGAAGUUCCUCCCGGCUCUCCUCUGGAAGCUGUUUCUCAGUAGCUGGAAUCGGUGGUCUGUUCUCUGAGUAAUAAGAAAAUAUAAGCUCAGGGCUUAUAUUUUCAUUGUUACAGCCUGAUAUGGGUUGAAAUCACCAGGACUCGGAUUUGUUGUCCAGAUUGCCAGCUCUGAUGCUCCCAGAGUCGGGUCCUGUGUGUGAGCUCUGCUUGGCAGAGAGCUGCUCGGCUGCAGAGUCUGUUGGGGGAGUGUUGGCUGAGACAGAUGAGGCUUGAACGAGUCUUUGCUUCGCGCCGGCUAACGAGGUUAGCCGGAGCUGCAGAUCUUUCAGGAACGCCAGCCCUUUGGAGCUGGGAGUUGUUCCGGUGUCUGCAUACACCACUGGGAAUUAAUUUGAUGUAUGGACUUCCAGACUCUCAGUAAAGUGGAUCUAAACUCUGCUUAUAGGUGUACAUUUGCUCUUUACUUAAGUUAAGGGUAAAAAAAAAAAAAAAGAAAAAAACAAAAAAAGGAAAAAACCCACUUUUAUUAAAAAAAAGUAUUUUUAUGGUUCCUUUUCCCAAGGACCCUACGGCAAAUGCACAAGUACUUGAUUACAUUUUACCGUUUUCACAUUGAAAACCGGGAAUGUCUGCGUUACGUUUUUAUAUCCGUGUACGUAAUCAGCUGGCUGCUUUGGGAACGUAACCGGAGUGCGAGUGUUGAGCAGCGCCACGGGAACAGCUCUGGGGCUGCUCAGCAUUUGUUUCUUGCUCUUUGUGCUUCACCACCACUGCUUGGUACCUUUCUACAAGGCAAAAAGAGGAAAAGGAUAAAAACCCACCCGCCUCAGUAGCUCUCCUCUGACUUUGCAAUGUUUCAAGUGACAUAACUUAAGGCUCGUGUGCCAAAGUGUGUGUGGAUGCACGUGUGGGUUUCUUUUUUUUUAAAGAUAUUUUAAAGGUUGGCCUCGGUUGUGUUUAAUGUCACAGUCCCAGCUGUUGGGCUCCUGUGAGAGUUCAGUUUGUGUUUUUUCUGGCUGUUUUCAACAACCCCUCUUUGAGCGGGUUUGUGUUGCAUGCUGACCAGGCAGGAGCAGAGGACGGAUUUGCUGCCUGGGAGAGGAAAGUGAAACCUCUGCCUGCCGAGUGCCAAAGUGGUUUAGGUUUUCUUCUGCUUCUUCACUUGUUUUCUUCCUUUUGGCAACACGUGUGUCUGGUUAAUUGCUAGUUUAAGCCUUAAUGAGAAAGUAUUCAGGUCUCGGUGAGCCUGUUUCCUCUAUUCCAUGUCAGGAUCUUGCGUGAUUGGAGAAGCGGCCAGGCUGGUCUCAAGAGAUGAUGUGGAAAGCACCUGCCUCGGGCGUGCUGUUGGCCGUGGAUGAAUCCUUUUCCCCAGCACAAACGGAAAGAGACCUGCUGAUGGGAGAAGGGGGAACCCCACAGGAUGAAGGACAUGUGUGCUGUUGUCUCAGCUGUUGUGGGUAGAUCUGUAGCGUAGCGUGAAGGCAAGUGGGAGAGUGAUUUCAGGUGUGAAGGGAGAAUGGCUGCAAGCAGAGCAGUUGGAAUGCAGGUUCCUGUUUUAUUCUGCUCCUCUCGGAGAAAUGUGGCACCUUUUGCAGUGAGGAGAGGGGUUUCCUCACAGGCAGUGCUGGGAGAUGUCAUGGUUUUGGAGGCGAAAGACAGUGGUGCUGCUUGACUGUGACCAGGAGUCAGGGCAAAGCCUCCUGGGUGCAGGGACCCAGCUCCGAGGGCUCCUCACAGUCCCCCGAAGCGCUGUAUGUGCAGUAUUGGUGACAUCGGGCUCCCUGUGCUUCCCGAGGCUGUCAGCACAGCAUGACGCUGAUGUAGUUUCAUUGGAUUAACACUGUGGUUGUUGGCAGAAGCUGGAUUAGGAAGGGUCCUGGGGUUGUUUAAUAUGUGUAACCACCCCAAAACUUCCUUUGGGGCUUGCUGUAUUGUGAGAAGGGUGGGGAAGGAGCGUUCUGCUCUCCGCCUGUCUCCUUCCCACUGUCCUGAAGCCAGUUUCAGCUGAAAUCCAAAACCAUCGGCAUGAUGUUGGCCUAUGGGAUGCAUGUGGUGGGUGCAGAGCCGGUUGUGGAGCCAAGAGGUUGGCAGGGGCUGUUGGUGUUUGGAGCUUCUCCCCCUCUAAUGCCGUUGCUUUGGCGUUCUCUUUCUUUGGCUGUUUGAGUGGGGGAGAGACAUUGUGUACGUCAGGGUGCGGUGAGAAGCUGACUGGGUAGGGUCUGGAGUGCGGAGGGAAGGAAUGGGGUGCUUGUUCUUGGAGGAAGCUGAGGUGUCUGUUUAACUGGAGGGGGGGUCCUUGCGGGCGGAUGGAGCCGGGGUUCUGUGGCACGAUCGACGUCUGAAUUAAA